GAAGAUGAGGAUGCAGUGGCUCAAUGCAUUACUUUUCAUCUGGAUUCACUGUCAUAUGUGCAGGACAGAGUUUGAGCUGACUUUACUCCACACUAACGAUGUUCACGCACGGGUGGAGGAGACCAACAAGGACUCGGGCAAAUGCACGAAACCGCCUUGUUUCGCUGGAGUCGCGCGGAGGUUUGCGAAAAUCAAACAAGUUCGUAGCAAGGAGAAAAAUGUUCUCCUGCUGGACGCGGGCGAUCAGUUUCAGGGGACCGUCUGGUUUAACUUCUACAAAGGCGCAGAAGCGGCGCAUUUCAUGAAUAAACUCGGAUAUGAUGCGAUGGCCUUAGGAAAUCAUGAAUUUGACAAUGGAGUGGAUGGCCUCCUAAAACCUUUCCUUCAGGAAGUGAACUGUACUGUUCUUAGCGCAAAUAUUAAAGCCGAUCAAACGAUUGCUCCUCAGAUCAGCGGAUACUAUCUCCCAUAUAAGAUCUUCACUGUUAACUCAGAGAAAGUAGGUGUUGUUGGUUACACGUCAGUGGAGACCCCUGCUUUGUCUCUACCAGGCCCCCAUCUCCAGUUUGAGGAUGAGGUUACUGCUUUACAGACUCAAGUGGACAAACUCAUCACUUUGGGUGUUAAUAAGAUCAUCGCCCUUGGACAUUCUGGGUUCAAAGUGGACCAAAAUAUCGCAAAGAAAGUUCGAGGAUUGGAUGUUGUGAUUGGAGGGCACACCAAUACAUUCCUAUACACAGGAACUCCACCAUCCACAGAAGUUCCUGCAGGACCAUAUCCAUUCAUGGUCCAGUCAGAUGAUGGGCGCCAGGUUCCUGUGGUCCAGGCCUAUGCCUUUGGAAAGUAUCUGGGAUUCCUAAAAGUGACUUUUGAUUCAAAUGGAAAUGUGGUGAAGUCUUCAGGCAAUCCAAUUCUUCUGGAUAACUCAACAGCACCAGAUCCAGUCAUUCAGGCUGAAGUGGACGCUUGGAGGAAGAAUCUGGCCAAUUACUCUGCUCAGCAUGUGGGACAGACUCUAGUCUAUCUCAAUGGAACAUUUGAGGAAUGUCGAUUCCGUGAAUGUAAUUUGGGAAAUUUGAUCUGUGAUGCCAUGGUCCAUAAUAAUAUUAAAUACGCUGAUGAAAUCCAGUGGAACCAUGUCAGCUCUUGUAUUCUGAACGGUGGAGCCAUUCGAUCACCUAUUGAUGAGCGAAACAGUAAUGGCUCCAUCACAAUGGAGGAUCUGAUCGCUGCGUUGCCAUUUGGAGGUACAUUUGACCUGGUCCAAAUGAAUGGAUCGACUCUGCGAGAGGUCUUUGAGCACUCCGUUCGCAGAUACGGAGGAAGCACUGGUGAAUUCCUACAGGUGUCAGGGUUUCAGCUGGUGUAUGAUUUAUCAAAAUCGCCUGGAAACCGUGUUAAAAGCGUGAAUGUGCUCUGCACUGAGUGUCGAGUGCCCCGUUAUGAACCGCUCAACCCAAAGAAGGUGUAUAAAGUGGUGCUGCCCUCUUACCUAGUGGACGGAGGAGAUGGAUACUCUAUGAUCAAACAACAGAAACUCAAGCAUGACAGCGGAGACCUGGAUAUAGCAGUUGUUGCCAGCUACAUCUCGGAGAGAAAGAGAGUUCAUCCAGCUGUGGAAGGACGGAUUCAGUUCACAAGCUCUUGUAUUGGACAUCGAGGAUAUAUGUCCACUAUUCUGCUGGUGUGGGUACUCUGGGUCACGUUUGUUUAGUCGUUUAUUAUGUAGCCAUUUGUGUGUCAUUGUACAGUCAGAGAGAACAAAAGACACCUUUAAUCCAAAGAUUAGUUACUGUCAUAGAAGCAAACAGAUUAACUGGCAACACUGUGAUGUAGUAAGGAUCAAAGAAAGUCACAAGUUCUUAUUCUAUAGGGAUCUUUUGAUCACCUCUUUAAAACUCAUAGAGGGUAUACUUAUGCUGAAUCUCACAAAGAGAUGACCAGAUCAUAUUUCACUCCAAAAUCGUUUGUGCUUAAAAAGCCUAUUUUUAGGCCCAUUAAGGAUAUUUUGGUCAUAUUUCAUGAUAAUUCAGCUAAUCCUAACCUCAAAUUCUCAUGACUGCAAUGUGAAAAUUAAAAAAAAGUAGAAUUUACAUUAUGCAUUAUGGUAGUAUGAUUUAAUUCAUGUUGACUUUUAUUGUUUUGUAUUGAAGUAAUAAUUUGGUCCUCAAACAGACAUUUUCUUUAUUCAAAAUGAUUAUUUUCUUCUCAAUUAUGACCUGUACAUCUUUUCAUGAGAUUCUUAUAAAAAAGGGUAAAGUUAUUUAUCUGUAAUUUGUUUCUUGAUGAUGAUUAUGGUUAAUUAAACGGCACAGCUUGUGAUGAUUAUAGAUAGCAGUUUGUCUGGCAAGACAUCUCCAUCCUCUUUUUUUCUAAGGUAGCUAUUCAUAUUUUUACAAAGCAUUUAUUUUAAAUAGAUUAAGAUUUAUUGUAAAACACAUAACCAGGGACAAAGCUGCUGGAUAUAUUAAGAUUUUAUUUACUGAGCACAAAGCCAGAAGUGCAUUUACAAAACAUUUUUUUCAGUACUUUUAUUUUGCACAUGGCUGUGACACUAUAUGAAAUGUCUCAGUUCUGUCAUUUUUUUUUAUUUUUUUUACUUGUCUGUAUCUUGUGUCUUUUUGAGUGUCUUCAGGGACCAUCAAGAGUGUAAAAUGUUUAUUUACAUCUGAUCUGAAGAAUGUUAUCAUGCUGAUAAUGACAUUAUGUGUCUUGAAUCACAAUCUACUUGAUCCAAACCUUUUGUUAUUAUCAUGCUUUUACUACUCGACUGUAAAAAUAAGGCAGGUUUCCAAUGAAUAGCCAUGGCAUACAAACCCCAUUAAAGUCAAUAAAUAAUUGUAUUUUAGUAGUGCAA